UCUUUGGUCGUUAACGCGCAUUCAAGGUUAGUAGGCGGUUGUGGGCAAAUGUUGAAUUCGUUCUAGAGCUGGAACUUGGGGCCUGAGGUGUGCGACGUUGUACUCUUAUUGCAUUUAACGUGCUGUGGGGUUUCUCUGGGCAUGGAAUAAAUAAUAGUAAUAACAAUAAGGAGUGAAACCAGCGCUACAGGAGUUCUACUCGUUUUGUUUAUUAAAGAAACGAAUGAUUGAUUAUUAUGAUUAUCAUCAUGUGUGAAUCGGAGCACCACAACCCGUGACAACGUCGAACCGAAUUGGACAGUAAACCGACAAUGGCUUUGCGCUGUGUGGGUCCUCGCCGUUCCCUGCUCUCCCACAAUGCACUGGGAGGGCUCUGGCCGCGCGCCAAGGCUGUCUGUAGCGGUGCCGCCGGAUCUGAAGAAAUCGAGAAGAAACUGCUGGCCUUUCCGGGUGGUUCCGUCGACCUGGUCAAGAAGGAGUGCGGAAUUGCGGUUCUGACCAUCAGUAACCCGGAGCGCAUGAAUGCUUUCUCAGGUACCAUGAUGCUGCAGCUGCAGGAGCAGGUGACCCAGCUAGAAGGGUGGAGGGAGGGCAAAGGCCUCGUUGUCAGAGGCGCUGCCGGGACCUUCUGCUCCGGAUCGGACCUCAAUGCAGUCAGAGCCAUCUCGAACCCCGAGGAUGGAGUAAAGAUGUGCAAGUUCAUGCAGGACACGCUGACCAGGCUGCUCAGGUUGCCCCUCAUCUCUGUUGCUCUUGUGGAGGGAAGGGCUUUAGGGGGCGGGGCAGAGCUCACCACUGCCUGUGAUUUCAGGCUGAUGACCCCGGGCAGCGAAAUCCAGUUUGUGCACAAGCACAUGGGUCUUGUUCCCGGCUGGGGAGGUGCGGCAAGACUUGUGCGCAUCGUGGGCAGCCAGAAUGCCCUGAAGUUGCUGAGCGCUGCACAGAAAGUGAAUUCCAGCUAUGCAGAGCAGAUCGGACUAUCAGAUGGGGUUGUGUCCCCCGAGGGGGGGACACUGGUCCAGACUGAACGGUGGCUCAGCAGCUUCGCCGGAGGUCCUGCCCCUGUGGUCCGUGCUGUGAAGAAAGUGGUGCUGUCUGGAAGAGAACUUCCACUUAGUGAUGCGCUUGUGGCAGAGAGAGACAUUUUUGGAACUGUGUGGGGUGCGCCCACUAACCUCGAAGCCCUUGCCCGCAAGUCCAAGCAUAAAUAAAACUGCAAUAACACACAACUGUGAAGUUUUAAUAUUGUUUUUCUGUGUCAUCAA